AUCUUCCUUCUGGAAGGAUCAUCAUCGGGAUCGGUAUUUUGCGCGUUGUACAAGCAAGAACUACAAAAAUAGCAUGGAGGUCAAAGUAGGAAAAGACCAGCAAUGCUCUUGGCAAGAAUUAUCACGACAGGUGGUAGUAUCGCAGGGGGAAUUUCAAGCGAUCAAAAUGAAGACAAAAGAUAUGGAUACUACUUUCGAAAUAUGAACGUCGAAAGAGCCACAGCCACGACUUUGGAAACGACAUCGAAUAUCUGAAAACAGGACGAUGCGUUCAACAAUCGGGGAGCUCGGCUGUCCCGGUUCAUCCGCAGGUGGUGGGAAGGACGGCACGGGGGAUCCACACCAACUACCUGCGCGGUAUUCCUGCCCUCAUCUCCUGUGGCAAGUCGAGAGCGAUCCGUAUGUGCACUCCCUCAUUCCAGACUUGGCAACGAGGGUACUUGAUGGCCUCACUGGUGGAAGGCCUAAUUCUGCUUUUCCAGAGUGCGUCGAUGUCGAGCUUCGCGUCCGAAGGGAGCACGACCAAAAUGUCACCGUGCAAAACUUGAGUUGUCACUUGCAGCAAUUGGUGCACUUUGCGCAGAAUCCACGGCUCAAGCAGGUCCUUUUGACCUUCAGCGACUUGCCACAGCUAGCGGCCGCUUUAGCAGGAGCGAUAAGGUCCUCGGAGGUUGCCGAUGGAGUCGGCGCUAGCUUUGGGGUGCAAGCACUGAGUCUCAUUUUCUUUCUGACGCAUCGUCCUGUGGUCUCUACCACGACGUCGCAAGGAGGGGAUCCGAAAAAUGUUGCAGCUUAUAGCUACUUCGGCAGCCAAUUGUUGCCGAUUCUAGUACAGCAUGCACUUGCGUCUGCGUCAGUGUCAUCGAGCAGGUCCUCGACAGGAGGACUAGAUCAUAGUCUCCAGUUUGGCGGAGUUCAUCUGCCUCUGCCUCUCACACUCGCUGUUCUGGCGAAUCUGCUAAGGGGAAAUGCGGUGGCGCAAGGCAGUGUGAAAGCCAUGAACGGCUAUCCCGAUCUCGUACAGAUUCUCAGAAGAUGGGCAUCUCCUCCAGCAGCACAGGAGUCAUGUGGCGGUGAGGAAAAGCAUCGGACUGGGAGAAGAGGAAGCGGCAGUGGCUCAUCAACUUACGAACCGCCAACGAUAUCGGCAUUUGACUACAUCUUGCCACCUACAUUCGAUUCAGCGCCUAUAGCCGCGCAGGAUUCGACCUCGGCUGAAGAAGAUUUACCACCUGUGAAAGUUGGUACGACAAUUAUUCCGUCUUAUGCAUGGGUACUACAAACAAGCUAGAAGUACUAAAUGAACAUGUAGUAAAGAACGUUAUCGACGCUAUUGUGCUUGUUCAUCUUGAACCAACAAGUAGGAGAAUGAACCUCACAUUAUCGCU